AUGCAGCACACCACGUGCACAGAGGACAGGAUCUACCACGCACUGGAAAGAUGCCUGCAUGGGCUCAGCAGAGAUGCUGUCUCCAGUAGAUGGGCUGCUGGGCUGUGCCUGAACUGCUGGAGCCUGCAGGAGCUGGUGAGCCGAGACGCCAGCAACUACCUCAUCCUUGUGGAGAAGAUCCUCAGCAAGGCCAAAGAGGUGCAGGAGAAGUGUGACUACGCUCUCGUCACGCCCCUGGCUCUGCUUUUCUACUCUGCCGUCCUGUGUGCUCCUCACUUCCCACCAGACUCUGACCUGCUCCUGAAAGCUGCCAGUAUCUACCACAGCUUCCUGACCUGGCCUGUGCCCUACUGCGACAUCUUCCGCGAGCUGCUCACCUUCAUCAGCAACGAGCUAAAGGCUCCUGGAAUCUCUUUCCAGAGGCUAGUGAGGACUGAGCAAGGCCUCCCUGUGAAGAACUACCAGAGCUCCACUGUGACUGUGCUGCUGCUGAACCGCUCCGAGGUGCAGAGCGAGUUCCUCUCCAUCGCCGAGAAGCUGAGCUCCAGCGAGCAGCCCCAGCACACCACUCUGGUCAUGCUGCUGGAGCACCUCUACCAGGCCAACUUUGGCACCCGCUGCGACCUGGACAGCCUGCACCACCUCCUGAAGUCCAAGACCCUGGAGGAGCUCUCAGAGAUCUACGCCAGUGCUGCUGAGGCACAGGAGGUGGCAGCCACCACCAGCGACCCUGUCCUGGCCCGGGAGCGGCUGCAGUCCGUGCUGAGGGACAUUGCCAGUGCUGCCUCCUUUCCUGCUAUCACAGGUGAGGCUCAGCCACGCAAGCUCCACACCAUCCCCAUCCCCACUGCCCGCUGCUACACUUAUAGCUGGGAUCAGGAUAACUUUGAUAUCCUCAACGAUAUCCUCAGCAAAGAGUACAGCGUUGUGGAGCCCAUGGUCUCAGAGAACGAGGAAGAAGAGGAGGAGGAGGAGGAAGAAGUGGAGAGCAACGGCUGCUCCCCCGAGCGAGACUCGCUGCUUUCCCCCAUCUCUGCCAUUUCCACAGACUCUGUCUACUCGGCGCUGUCGGAGGAAGGCACUAAGCCCUCACGGGUGUCCCUCUUCACCACCUCCAAGGACUCCAUCUCGGAGCUGACAGUGGCCUCCAGGAGGUCGCUGAAGUCGUUCGUCUCCAGCCUGAAGGACUGCAUGGACAGCGGCUACGCCGAGGACAGCGACGAGAGCUCCUUGGACGCCGCGGGCAGGCCGGAGCUGCAGGCGGAGAAGCCCCCGCACAGGCACCGCCACACGCUGACCACCAGGCUCUACAAGCUGUUCAAGAGCAAGAGCCAGCUGGUGCUGCGGCGGGAGCUGCGGGGCCGGGAGCCCUGGGGCCGGGAGCCGCGGGGCCGGGAGCCGCGGGGCUGCCCCCUGGCGGCGUCGCUGCCGCUGCGCCGCGCCGAGAGCCUGUGCGCGCCGCCGGCCGAGCCGCGCGUGCCGGCGCGCUCCCGCCGCGCGCUCUCGCUGCCGCAGCAGGGGCCGGGGCCGGGGCCGCGCCCGCCCGCCCCGCGCCCGCCCGGCCCCCGCCGCCCCUGCAGCCGCUGCGGCGAGCACGCCGAGCCGGGCACCCUGCGCGUCGUCGUCUUCGGCUCCGACCGCAUCUCGGGCAAGGUGGCCAGAGCCUACGGCAACCUCAGGCUCAAGGAGAGCACCUGCCCCUCACUGACAAGGUACUUCAAGCUGCAGUUUUUCUACGUCCCUGUGAAGAGGAGCUGCUUGGCUCCAGCAACCCCUCUGAUGCACUCCUCCCCAUCCCUGGGGGACCCACACCUUCGGGCCCCAGCACAGGCGGACCCCACCUUGGCUGGGAUGGAGAGUAGCACCAAUGACAUCUCCCACUACAUUGGCAUGCUGGACCCAUGGUACGAGCGCAACGUUCUUGGGCUGAUGAGCCUGCCCAUGGACGUCCUGUGCCAGUCAGCCAAGCCUGAAGCUGAGCCCCAGGAGGACUCACAUGAGCAGUUACCCAUCCUGGCAGACAUGAUCCUCUACUACUGCCGCUUCGCCACACGCCCUGUCCUGCUGCAGCUCUACCAGACAGAGCUCACCUUCAUUGGGGGAGAAAAGAUGACUGAAGUCUUCAUCCAUUCCCUGGAGCUGGGCCACUCGGCAGCCACUCGGGCAAUCAAGGCAUCGGGUCCAGGCAGCAAGAGGCUUGGCAUAGAUGGGGACAGAGAAGCAAUCCCACUCACACUACAGAUUGCCUACAGCAAGACAGCUGUCAGUGGAAGAAGUCACUGGAAUGACGUUGAGAAGGUCUGCACAUCUGUCAACCUUAGCAAAGCCUGCAAGAAGCAUGAAGAACUGGCCUCAAAGACAGAAUGUCUAAACCUAACCAUGACAGAGGUGGUCAAGAGGCAAAACUCCAAAUCCAAAAAAAGUUUCAAUCAGAUAAGUGUGUCCCAGAUCAAAGUAGACAAGGUCCAGAUUACUGGUGUCCAGUCCUCCUUCGCCGUGUGCUUGGACCAGGAUGAGCAGAAGAUCCUGCAGAGUGUCACCAGGUGUGAGAUCUCUGUGUGCUACAGACCCCAGGACAGUGAUCUCUUGGAACUGAGAAGGUCCUCUUUGCCUCCCCAGGACCCCUCUGAGCUUCAUUCUCUCCAUUGUUUACCUAUUGCUACCUUCAGUGGAGCACUGCCAUAGAAGAGCCCUGUGUCCUUUUCAGACCAGACUCCCAUCCAGCACCAGGCUAGGCUCUGACCAAGGAAGCUGCCUGGCCUCUUUUGGGCUGGAGAUGGACUCAAGUCCAAGAUAUCCCGCAGCCAAGGCUUGGAGUGGUGACCAAGCUGCUCCUGGGCUGGGCUUAGCCCAUGCUUGGGGAAUAGGAACACCUGUGUUGUGCUCUGGUGUCUCUCAGGGUUCCUCAGAAAUGGGAGGAGAGUGGUUUCUGUGAGCUCUCCGGCUGGUGGAGCACACUGCCAACAGCUGGGUUAAGAGGGCAAGGCGAGGGCAGUGACGCUUCCCUGCCAGCAGCGGUGCUGUGGCUGUGUGUGCCAGGGAUGGCAUGGCCAGUAGGAUCUAGGGGGGCAUUUUGGAAACCCAGUGUCCUUGGUUGGG